GCGCUGUCCCGUCCGGCGGGCGGCGCUAGCGAGCAUGCUCGUGGCCUCCUCACCGCAGAAGAAGAGUGCAGAACAGGAAGGUGACGGUUCUGGAGGUGACGGUUCUGGAGGUGAGAUGGCGGGCAGCAGACUGGAGCGGUUCGGUACCGUGUUCAGCAGGGUUCGAGACCUGAUGCGCUCUGGCGUGAUACAGAAGGCCGACAAACCCAUCUGGUAUGACGUGUACGAGGCCUUUCCCCCAAAGAGAGAGCCGCUGUAUGUGAAGAAGCAGUUCAGACCUGCAGUCAACAAGCAGGACUCCGUUCCUGAGAUCUUCUACAGAGAGGAUGAAGUCAGAGCGAAGUUCUAUGAGCAGUAUGGGAUGGGCUCUCGGCCCCUUGACCUGUCCAAACCGAACUUUGUAUCCACCUGUCAGAGAUUUGUCACAAAGUUCUACGAGUUAAAGAGCCGCAGUAACCUAAGUGACUCCGCCUUGUUCGAGGAGACUGGAAAAGCUUUGUUGUCUGAGGGUGUGAUCCUGAAGAGGAGAGGACUCGUUCCUGGGGAGUCAUCCAGGGAUACUGUGCUUGACUCGAAGCUGACCGACAUGCUGGAAGAGCAGCAGCAUGCAGAACCGGAGCCAUCAACGCCGAUUAUGCCAACACAAUCCUGAAUAUGGGCUUCAUCCCGGCCACAGUGGAAUGGACAUAUUUUGUUGUCCAUAAGAAGCUCAGCCUGCUGUCCCAUGUUUGUAAAAAUACUAUGGAUACUUAAAGUAAAACUAUUUUUUUUCUUUUCUUUUUUUAAUUUAAAUUGUGAUUUCAUGUGGUGUUUGGUUAUUAAACCAUGACACUGACUUACACA